GGGAAAUGUAGUCCUCAGCCCUUCCACGCCUCGUUCCAGGGAGCCCAGAGUCAGGGAGCGUCGUGAAAGUUGACGGUUUAAGAACACUUCUCUCUGGCUCUCCAAAGGGGAGAACUGGUGAAGUAUUUACCACGAAAAUAACACAAGCCCAAUUUCUCAUUUUCAAAGAACGCGCCUCCGCCGAAGCUUGGAGGUGCGAGGUUGAUAUGUCAGACCUUUCCCCAGAGGAACAAUGGAGGAUCGAGCACGCACGCAUGCAUGCCAAGCACCGCGGCCACGAAGCCAUGCACGCUGAAAUGGUCCUCAUCCUCAUUGCUACCUUGGUGGUGGCCCAGCUGCUCCUGGUACAGUGGAAGCAGAGGCAUCCCCGCUCCUACAAUAUGGUGACCCUCUUUCAGAUGUGGGUUGUUCCCCUCUAUUUCACAGUGAAGCUGCACUGGUGGAGGUUCCUAGUGAUCUGGGUCUUUUUCUCUGCUGUCACAGCCUUUGUCACCUUCCGAGCCACCCGGAAACCUUUGGUACAGACAACUCCCAGGUUGGUUUAUAAGUGGUUCCUGCUGAUCUAUAAAAUCAGCUAUGCCACUGGUAUCGUUGGCUACAUGGCUGUCAUGUUUACCCUCUUUGGUCUUAACUUACUAUUCAAGAUCAAGCCAGAAGAUGCCAUGGACUUUGGUAUUUCUCUCCUCUUUUAUGGCCUCUACUAUGGCGUUCUUGAACGGGACUUUGCAGAAAUGUGUGCAGACUACAUGGCAUCUACCAUAGGGUUCUACAGUGAGUCGGGCAUGCCUACCAAACACCUCUCGGACAGUGUGUGUGCCGUGUGUGGGCAGCAGAUCUUUGUGGACGUCAGUGAAGAGGGCAUCAUCGAGAACACAUAUAGGCUGUCCUGCAACCAUGUGUUCCAUGAGUUCUGCAUUCGAGGCUGGUGCAUUGUGGGAAAGAAGCAGACGUGUCCCUACUGUAAAGAGAAGGUAGAUCUCAAGAGGAUGUUCAGCAAUCCCUGGGAGAGGCCUCACGUCAUGUAUGGACAACUGCUGGAUUGGCUUCGAUACUUAGUGGCCUGGCAGCCUGUCAUCAUUGGCCUGGUGCAAGGCAUCAACUAUAUCCUGGGCUUGGAAUAGUCAGGAAGAAGAGCAUCCACCCGCCACGGACCUCAGGGCACUCUCCUCCCUGCGUUCCAAGACCUCCUGGGUGGGAAAGACUCAAGGGGCGCUUGGGCCACUCAGGACCCCUUCCCCCGACUGUGUCCAGACUGGGGAGGGACGUGAUGGAGAGCCAGCCAGUGGAGCUGUCAGCAGUGGGGCUUUUUAAAAGAAAAUUAUUUUGAUGAAUAUCUCUAAAAACCUUUUUUAUUGUGGAGCAUAGGAUUUGCUCUAACUCCCCCAGGCCUCACCCUCGCUGCUUGGGCAAGCGGUGGCAGAACCACCAUGUUUUGGGGUUAAAGGCGUCCUCUCACCUCUGACUGGGAGCUGAAGCUCCCCUGUCCCCUUUCCUUCCCUCCAUGGGGCUCAAGCCAGGGACCCUCAGUGUGGAAGAGCCAAAGAGCUCUGGCUGGUGCCACAGAAGAGCGCUGAGGCGUAGCCCCCCCCCACCCCGCCUGGGACCUGGGGGACAGCAACUCUCUCCCCUGUCCGGGCGCGGAUUGGCGGGUUGAAGCAAGUAAAACCUUGUGACUUUUCCAGCAAGGGAAGCCCUGGGGCCUCAGAACUCAUCGAAGAUUUAUUUGGGGCGGGGGGGCAACCAGAAGCUGCAGCAGCACGAUAACCUGCCCCCAAGCAGGGCUGUGCUCGGCCGAGCACAGGGGCCGUCCAUGCAUAGCCGGGCUGCAGGGACUGCUUCAAGCAGGGAUUGCGCAAGCUGUUCCUUGGGCGAGGAAGUAGUGACAUGUGCCAAAGGUUGCUCUGCCACUCCCUUCCUUCCCUGAAAGCCCGGGCGUGCGUGCGUGCGUGCGUGCGGCGGCAGAGCCUGUGACAGAUGUAAGCCCUGUGGUCAGCGUGCCCGCGAGGCUGGCAGAGGACUUCCCCCGGGGAAUAUCCCUCUGUCAGCCCCGGCGCUCGUGAGCCUGGCCUGGGCCUGGCAACCGGAGAGGUGGGGCGGGCGGGAGAAGAGGGCGAGGCCCAGGUGAGAAGGGGAUUCUGAAAAGGAACUGAGGCGGGAGGAAAAUGUCAGCUAGAGCCCCGGCGAAGAGGAAGUACCUGUCGUUGACAUCUAAAAUUGGGAGUAGCUCCAGCUCGGCUCCCGGGAAUUUUGAAGGAAGUGGGAGGCAGGCCCUGGCGGUCAGCACGGGCUCCCGAGGGAAUCUGCCGGCUGGGCCGCCCCUUCAGAGGCAGCGCGAAUCAGCAAGAUCUUGUCACUCUGUUUUGAAUAAAGCUCCAUGAGCUGGGUUGGAAAGCUGAACAUCCAUCUUGCUUUUCUUCUCCCACUUUUCUCCCUGGGGUCCCCGGGCUCCCUCACCUUUGCUGCUCCCAUUUGAGAGCUGGGGCUGGGGUGGUGGGGUGCCUGGCUCCUGUUCUGGGGCAUCUCUGGGCCCCUUUCAGAUCUUACCGUCGGAGGUCAGUGCCCGGCUGCCCUCCUCCCUUCCAUGGACCACUUGGCACUUCGUCUUCUCUUACCCAGCUGCACCUUCUGCGGUCGCGCACUGCUCGCGCCCGCGCGCCCUCUCGAGGGUGGAAGGGGCACUGACCAGAGCGUUUGGGUUUCACCCUUUUACUUUCAUCCCCAGUGGCCAUGUCAGGCUCGCGUGAGAAACCGAGGCCAGGCCGUCCAAGGCACGCUCUUCAGCCUUCAGCAGUCCUGGGUCCCGCCAUCUCCCAGUGCCCCGACUCUCCCUCCCCUCCCACCCCAGCCCCAGGUGUCUCUCGGGUUGGUCUCACCGCCUGACCAUUCCUCUGUAGCGUGCAACUUAGGAACUGAGGCAGGAGGAAAAUGUCAGCUAGAGCCCUGGAGAAGAGGACGUAACUCUCGUGUACAUCUAGAAUUGGGACUGUGAGUGAUUUUGACACACACACAGAGGCACAGCAGAUGACGGCCCGAACCUUCUCCAAACCCUGUUCCAUCUCCCGGCCUCCCUGGCUGUCGUCAUACUCCCAUCCUCCUCCUCACAGACAUCACAGCUGUGAGGCCCUCAGGCCCCGACCUUCAGGUUGGCUCACCGGGCCUGACCGCCUGCCUUCUCGCACGCGUGCGCCCCUGACAGCACGUUCAGUGUUGCCCCAGGUGCUCGCUUGCCUUAACCCUCGUCCCGGCCCUGCCACCGCCCAGCUCCAUUUGUCCCAUCAGGACCAAACCAGCAGGUGAGGUAAGUCUUUUGCUCUUUUGGCCAGUAAGCGGCCUUUCUCCCUCUGCCCUGGGAAGUGCCCUUUCCUCCUCCCAGGACCAGUUCUCCAGGUGCCUCCAGAAAAGGAGGAAUUCGAAGCAGGAGCGUUCUUCAUGGGCAACUUGGGAGGCCCAGGUAGGGAGAGUCUGGACUUCUGGUCCUAGGCUUGAACCUAGGCUCGUCGCUCAGCCGAGGGGCUGGGGAGAAGACGCGAGAAGGGUUUGCGCGGGGCGGG